AUGUCUUCGGCACCAAUUUCAAUCUACAAAGACCUCUCGACAGGCUGCGUCCUCCAAGUCAAAGUCUACAUCCAGCCCGCCGAUGAGGCCCGGUUCUGGGAACUCUUCAGGCCGGCCUACGACGCCGUCAUCGCAGAGCCGGAAUGCCGCUUCUUCGUCGUCAGCAAGCCGGUGCCGCCGCAGCCCGAAGAGAACGUAACGUGUCUGUCGUGGGUCGAGGGCUGGUCGAAACCCGCCCAGUGGCUGCUGGAGGUGCAAAUGCACAAGUCCUACUACGAGCCUUACAUCUCCGAGACGGAGAAGAUGUUCGUGAAGCCGCGCGUCGUCGAGUUGACGAGCGCCGUUGAGGGAAUGUGUGAUUUCAAAUUGCCUGCGUCGACUUCAUGA